CUCAUAUCUACACAACGACCCCAGGUAGGAUGCACCACUCCGGUCCCUACAUUAAAGUGGGCAUGUGAUCAAGAAUCCAUUACUAGAGAUACAAUUAGACGGGUACUCAUCACAGCAAAGGGAAGCAGUACAGCUGUUCUUCAGGACUGCACAAAGAUGCCGGGUUCAAAAUGGACUCUUCUAAUUGUCCUUCUUUUCUGUUUCUGCAAGGCUGUGGUUUGUUUGCCGCCAACAUUUGAUCGGAUAAAUCCAAUAGAAGUACCAGAAAACACAACUGCAGGUACCCCUAUCGGUGUUCUGACUGUGAGAGAUGCAACCCCUUCCCACAUCACAGUGACACUGUCAGCGGCAACACAAGAAUACGUGUAUUUAUAUCAGCAUACCAGCAUCUCUGGCUUCUAUAACGCCAGUAUAGUUCUGCAGAGACAGUUGGACUACGAAACAGAAGGCAGCUUGCUGGAACUGCUCUUCACGGCCACAAAUCCAUCAACUCCGGACGGAGUCCGUCAACUCGUGAGAGUCAUCAUCAAAGACGUCAAUGAUGUCCCCCCACAGUUCCUGGGGCUACCAUACUUCGUCUCUUUCCCAGAGAAUACACCGAUCAACACUGUCAUCUUUACCGCCAAAAGUACUGAUCCUGACAUAGGGACUGGGAGUUCAGUCAACUACACCAUGAAGACAUCACAUGCUGACUACAGAAGCAGGUUUAAAGUAUCCAGGACUGGGAACGUGACACUGAUUGGAGGCCUGGACUACGAAACACGCUACUUUUAUCAGUUUGCAAUUGUUGCCACUGAUGGAGGAGGCCUGUCCAGCGAGGCCCAGCUGUUUGUGAUUGUAACAGAUGUCCAGGACAGACCACCAUACUUUACUGGAGGACCUUACUUACCUCAUAUCUGGGAGGACCAUACUGUGGUGAGGCUGUUUGUAUUAUACACCAGUAGUUGUUUGUGA